GCGUUCGUAGAGUCUAGACUCUAGAGACUAGAGUCGGCCCUGGGCCUGGGCUGCACCGAGCAGCAAACAGCGCUCAGGUCCUACUGAGGCUAGAGAGCUACAGCGCGCAGAAGUAGGGAGAGGUGCCCUCUUGGAGACGCCAACUUGGUGGUUUGUUGCUUGGUAGGUGCUUUGGACGAAAUAAGGCGUUGAAAAUGGGGGAUUUCAACGAGUAUGACUAUCUUGAGGCAACAUUGGAGGAUGGUAAGGAGAGGAAUGGAGACAAGGGUCGUACGGAUGACGAAAAAAGGAAGCGGCAUCGCGAGGAUGACAGCCGAGACGAGCGGAAAUCCUCACGGCCUCGGUCUCGAACCAGGUCGCCCCGGAAAGAACGGGAGCGGGAGCGGGGCAGUUACAGGGAUAGACGAGAUUAUGGGGGGAAGAGGAAGAAGUCUCCAGAACCAGAACCAGAGGUGGAUCCGGAGCGCGACCAGAGGACUGUUUUUGCAUACCAGAUCAGCUUGAAGGCUGAUGAACGGGAUCUCUAUGAGUUCUUUUCAAGAGCAGGAAAGGUGAGAGACAUCCGGCUCAUCGUUGAUCGGAACUCCAGGCGGCACAAGGGGGUUGGGUACAUUGAGUUCUAUGACGUGAUGUCAGUGCCCAUGGCCAUCGCCUUGUCAGGUCAACUGAUCAAGAAUGUGCCGGUCAUGGUGAAGCCAUCGGAGGCUGAGAAGAAUCUCGUGCAGCCUUCAGGAGCUGUUAACAUGAUUGGAGCAGGUGCGGGAGCCUUUACAGGCGGCCAGCGGCGCCUGUAUGUAGGCAAUUUGCACUUCAACAUGACGGAGGAGCAGCUGAAGCAGGUGUUCGAGCCUUUUGGUCCGGUUGAGCUUGUGCAGCUGCCUUUGGAUCCUGAGACGAAUCAGUGCAAGGGCUUCGGAUUUGUGCAGUACAUCAAUCUGGCAGAUGCACAGAUUGCUAUGCAGAAUCUGAAUGGGCUUGAGCUGGCAGGACGCGCUAUCAAGGUAGCCCCUGUGGCUGAAGGUGCCGGCGCAGGCGAUGGGGCGGGGGAGAUCGAUGACGAUGAUGGUGGAGGCUUGGCCUUGAACGCUCGCUCAAGGGCCCUGCUGAUGCAGAAGCUCGACAGGACAGGCAUGGCAGCCGUGGUACCUCCUCCGGCGCCUCUGGCGGGCAUCCCUCUCAUGGGGGCUCCGAUUCCCCACGCUCAGAAACCAAUCGGCCUUCCAUCGCAGUACCUGCUGCUCGAGAAUAUGUUUGAUCCUGCCAAGGAGACUGAACCAGACUGGGACCUCGACAUCGCUGAUGACACGAAGGAAGAGUGCUCGAAAUAUGGAGCGGUGAAGCACAUUUUCGUGGACAAGAACAGCAUGGGACAUGUGUAUCUGAAGUUUGAUGCAACCACUUCUGCCCAGAAUGCGCAGAAAGCUUUGCACGGCAGGUGGUUUGCGGGAAAACAGAUUUCUGCAACUUUCUUGGUCCCUCUCAACUAUGUAACCCGCUUCCCAGAAGCUGUGAACGCGUAAGUCUGGUGUGCGGAGUAACUUCCGUUUAGUUGACUUAGUUCUCAGUCAGGUCCUCGACACGUUUUGUCUGUUGACGGAAAGAAGAGCAGCUGUCGUCAAGGCGAAACAAAUUCUUUCACUCUGACCCGAGGGGCAUGCUGUGGAGUCUGCCAUGGAUAUUUUUAAGUAGGUGUGACGUCGGUCUUGGUUUGAAAGUACAAGACUUGGAACAAGGACUGGGGGGUCUGAAUACUUUCACAGGGGCGCUUUUCUGUUUGUAACACCUGGCAAUGUUGUUUCAUUGUUCAAACGGAAAAGCAUUUUUGAAUCUUGGUAAGCAAGC